CCAUCUAAUUGUAUGCUGAAGAGACGAGAUCUCUGAAUAUUGGCUUGGAGCCACGUACGAAAAAAGUUACUCUUCUCGGAAAUACCAAUACUGCGACCAAAUCAUUAAACGUUCAUGGAUGUAGAUAUUUAUGGUGAUACAUCUCUUUCGUGUUAAAUGUUAACAAAGUGAGACUGGACAGGCCAGCCAGCAACUUCCGAAUACUUGCCAUCUGACUUUAACCUUCUGAGAUGGGUUUGAGUUGUGGAGGAACUCUGGGAAAAAUUUUCCUGAUCGUCAUCAACAUUAUAUUUUUUCUGCUCGGUCUAGGGUUACUGAUAGUGGGGGCUUUAAUGAAAGCAAAUGUAAAGAUCAUCAAAGACGAGAUUAAGCCAGCUCUGAACACGAUCACUGUCAGUUCAUAUAAACUUGGGAACCUGACCGACAAUCUCUCCAUACUCCUCAUUGUCAUCGGCGUCUUCAUCUUUAUCGUCGCUGGUCUUGGUCUUUUUGGUGCUUGUUGUCAGAACAGAUGCAUGCUGGUUACAUAUGCUGUUUUAGUACUGAUAUUGUUCAUCAUGAAAAUCGUCGCCAUUGCACUGUGGUUCUCAAUGAAAUCAGAGGUUGAAGACACCGUGAAAUCGGGGAUGCUGAAGUCUCUACAAACGAACUUUGUAGACCACCAUCUGAAUAGCAGCGAUGAAAUAUCAAAUUCGUGGAACUACAUGUUUCUGACGUUGGACUGUUGUGGUGUAAAUCCUGUGACCGGACCGGAUGAAGCUAAGAACGAUCUCAGGAAAUCUCCCUGGUGCACUACCUCUGGAGCUUGCAAAGACACCAACUUCUUUGUCCCCCACGCUUGCUGUCAGGGUGUGGACGCCAGUAACUACCUGUCAGCGCCCUCUGACUGCACGGCUGGCACUAGCGGCAUCAACUCUAAGGGGUGUUACGAAGCAGUGAAAGACGAGAUCGAAUCUCAUUCCAGUCAGGUUAUCGGUGUUGGAGUCACAAUUCUUGUUAUUGAGCUUCUUGCCGUGGUAUUCUCUUUCAUAAUUUGUAAACAGAGUGGAGAGGAAGAGAAAGUGGUGUAGAGGUAAUCUAUUGUUAACUACCCUUUAACAUCCACUACAGAGAUUAUGGCCUUUGUGUAUCACUGGUUAUUGCCGUUAUUAUCUACUUCAGAAUAUAGGACUGCCCCACCAGCCUGCUAGACAUUGCAAAGGGUUAAACUUAAACAUGGAUACAGAAAAUCAAAUUGAACUUGAUACUUUAUCAUAUUCAAUCAAAUUUUAAUCUGCAUGGAGUUUAUUAUUUCACCAAAGAAAGGAGCGGUAAAAUUCAAUGUUGUAGGUGUAAUUUUUAGUUUUAAUUCAUUCAUCGAUUCAUUUAAGAACGUAUGGAAAUAAAAAUUGGAUAUUAUUCUGCAUUGUAUCUCUUUUUAAAGUCUAUCUGUUUUUAAUAUAUAACUCUUUGAAAUGUAUUUCUAACUUAAGACUUUGACACUUAUCAUUUUAGUCACGUUAAUCAAUCAAUCAAUUAUACUCCUGUGGUCAGUGGUUGUAGUGAAUUGUUAUUGAUUCGGUUGUUAAUGAAUCAUGAAUGUACACCUUUGUGUAAAAUGAUUAAUUUCACUUUGUAUUUCGUGUUUAUAUUAUAUCAAUGUUUCAUACAGUUUUGCUAAUGUAGUAUCUAAACGUUUAUACUGUUCUUUUUACAUUAAAUUUGCUACAAAAUUUUGA